GUGCUUUUUGCUGCUGUCCCCCAGGCAGAUCGGCCGGGUCAUACCCUAGCAAGCAACAAGAAUGGAUGUCUUUAAGAAAGGUUUCUCCAUUGCUAAAGAAGGUGUGGUGGCUGCUGCCGAAAAGACCAAGCAGGGAGUGACGGAGGCUGCGGAGAAGACUAAAGAAGGGGUGAUGUAUGUAGGUACCAAAACCAAGGAAGGCGUAGUGCAAAGUGUGACCUCAGUUGCUGAGAAGACCAAAGAGCAGGCCAAUGUGGUGGGAGAAGCAGUAGUAGCCAGUGUGAACACAGUGGCAAACAAGACUGUAGAAGGAGCAGAGACCAUCGUGGCCACCACAGGAGUUGUCAAAAAGGAGGACCUGGCAGCGCCGCAGCCGCCCGAGCAGCCGGGGCCAGCGGGAGAGGGGUCCAUGGUGGCAAGCACCGACAGAGGCGGCGAGGGUGAAAAUGAGGGCAAUUAAUCAACUUAGGGCCGUGGAGCUCAAAAGAGAACAUUCCAAGAGCAUACAUGGAAAUAUUAGCUGACACCACAACAGGAAAAUCCCGCUCUCCAUAGACUAACUCCAUGCAGCUCUGUAGUCUUUCACCUCCCCCAUAAACCAACCGUACCGUAUAUGUAAGGCAGACUCCUCUGACUGUAAGUAAAGUGCAGCCGUGC